AUCUAAAAGAAAAACAAAAUUACAAAAGGUGGCCUUCCAUUUCCAAGUUCUCACCAGCAAACAAUAAUCUAAAUUCCUAAAACCAGAAACACCAAGAAAAAGGGUGAUAAAAUGAGGCAUGUGCUGGUGAUUUUGCGACGAAAUCUGCAGAACAUAAAGAAAAGCCCCCGAGUAGCCGAUGAGAACAUGUAUGGAGGUGGAGGGAACAGCAACAAUAAUAAUGGGAUUUUCAUAGAUAGGAGAUUAUCAUCUCGAGGGUCCUGGAAUGGGAUCUCAGUGAUUUGCAAUGUCGUAAGAGCUCCUCUUUCUCUAGUUUCAUGCUUUUUUUCUCAACCCCAUAUUGAUGGAGCUACCGAUGGGGUUUGGGUGUCAACUGAAAUUGCUCAAAUAUCAGAAAUGAAUCACUUGAUGGUCAGUGACAGCAUGCGUUAUGCAAUCCUGAUGUAAACAAAUAUGCAUACAAGAUAUAUUUUAUGCAAGUAACUUCUAGGUUUUCUUUCUUCUUUCUCUUGGAUGAUCAUAGAAGAAGGGGAAUUUUCUAUUUGUUGUUGUUGUUCACUUCUUUGCAAGGAUUGACUAUAUUUUUGAAUUGUUCACUUUUUUUCUUAUUUUCCUUUUUGGCCUUUGGGUUUUGAUCCACGUAUUUCUGCCGAUACUUAUAUAUAAUAUUAGCAUUUAGUUUUCAUGA